CUCUAUAAUUCUUGUUUGGUGGAAAUGAUUUUUUUAGUGUACUUCAUCAUAUCCGGUUGAAUUCGAUUAUGCUCGACGGCCUUUCAGAAUCCAAACCCUGACAUACCUGUGACUCCAUUAGAUUCAAUUCUGUUUAUAAAUUUCACUAAUUCCACUAUACACUUUCAGUUUUAUAUUUAAAUAUGUUUUAAGUUAAUAUAUAUUUCUAUUAGUUACAUCCAAUUUUUUUUUUUUUUGUAUUUAGUACGCGGAUUGAUUACAAUACUUACAUAUAAGCAAUCAGAAGAAUUUGAAGACGAAAGUGUGAAAGAGGAGCUGAUGGGAAUCCUCGACUCAUCGCGCAGUGACGCUCUAAGCCGUAAUGGUCCCCCUCGAAUUCCAUAUUUUGACUGGAACAAUUUUCACCACCGAACCUCAUUGAUGUCGUGUUUGGUGCUAGGAGUUUACGCAAUGGAACGAGAUAGGCAAGACAACCGAAUUGGUUCCGAGUCAUUAGCCCCACCUUGGUGGGAGAGUUUCAACUUCACUUUAAUCCACAAAUUCACGGACCGAACUGACGUCUCCAUAUACGGUGCUGUCUUCCAAAACAUGAUCAACUAUGAGAUUACCCCCAACUCGAUCGUACCUCCGCGUUACGUGAUUGCUUUACGCGGAACUGUCCUAAGUGUUUUUGCUGUUAAUGAUCUGAUGCAAAACUCCCGUUUACCAUUCGAGAUCCUCCAGAAGGGGGAUAAAUCUAUGCAUAUCGUUGAAGAAAUCCAAUCUUUCGUGUCCAAAAUUGGAAACACGACUGUCUGGAUCGUUGGACAUUCUCUAGGAGCUGCCCUAGCACUACUCGCGGGAAAGACCAUGGCCAAGUCUGGACUUUUUCUUGAGGCUUACAUCUUCAACCCACCUAUCUCCUUGAUUCCUCUAGAGCACUUGGGUUUCAAUGACACACUUAAUUUCACGUAUCGAUUCACCAGGGAUAUCUUCAAAGCUGGCAUGGCGAAAGUCUUAUCCUUUGAUGAGGAUCAAGAAGGUCAACAACUUAAGAAUUUAGCUUCUUGGAAACCUUAUUUGUUUGUGAACCAAUCAGAUCCGAUAAGCUCAGAAUAUAUUGGUAAUUCAAAACACAUAUUCAAAAUGACAAAGGUGGGACUCGGUAAGAUCGCGAGCUUGGCUGCUGCAUACUCAGUUAGGCGUAAGUGUUCGAGUUUCGGAAGAGAAGAACCAUCAGAUCAUCUUCAUUUUCUUCCAUCCGUCAUUAUGUGGAUAAACAAGACUGCUGUAUCGUCGGACAUUCAUGAAAGUCAUGGGAUUCAUCAAUGGUGGAAUCCUAUGCUUCAACUAUUUCCAGUGAACGAAUGAUUCAAUACUAAUUUCGUUCAUGGCUUUCAACGCUUUAGUCUUUUCUCUUUCUUGUCAAUUGUAUACUUUCUUGUCAACUCUAUACUCUGUUCAACGAUUCAGUAUAUUUUCAAUUUUUUUGUUUCUUUCUCUUUUGAUA